CCUCCGAGAACAGGUAGGGCCCCCAGGGACCGAGCAGCUGGCGUUGUUACCCGCAGUUGCCUCCUUUGGUAUUAGGCGGCUCCCCAGCCUGCCCUGCCCAGCACCACCCACCUCCUCCUGCCCUCUCAUGGGACCCAGAGGCCAGGCCAUGGCUUGCUGGCCUCCCGAAUCCUGACGAUGGCCCAGCCAGAGGACCAGGCCUUGGCAGGCCCCACCUAUGGGGAAAGACUGGAGAAUGGAGCAGGCGAGGCCUGCUUAGGGGUCCUCGGGGCCCCAGAGCCACUUCUUCGGCUGCAGAGGACGAGGGGGGUGUGGCAGAUCCCAGAGCUGGACACCCAGGGUGCAGAAGCCCUUCUGGAGCUGUGGCCACCGGGGAGUUUCCUGGUCACAGGACAUGACCCCAGCCAGGUCCUGGUGCUGAGGACAGGACCUUCACCAGGGGAAGUCAACACUUACCAGAUCCAGAAGCUUCCUGGAGGUGUGUGUCUGGAAUCCUCUAACCUCUGCAUGCCAGACCUGCCCCAUCUCCUGGCCUUCCUAUCAGCCAGCAGGGAUGUUUUGCCCAGAACUCUGCUCUUGCCCCCUCCUGCUCUAGGGCCUGGGGAACAACACGCAGGGAGGGUGCUGUCCAUGGUGAGCAAGAUCUACCUGGAGACACACAGAGGCCCGGGGAUGGAGCACACUUCCCCAGAGACACCUCCAGAGUCUGCCAAGAAAAAUGAUCCAGCCCCUAGGAACCCUGCCCCUCAUCGGGUCUCUUGGGUAGAAGGCCCACUCAGCUCAGAAGUACACCAUUCUGGGCCAGCUCUGGCCAGCCUGGGGGAGGAGGAGGAGGAGGAGGAGGAGGAGGAGGAGGAGACUGACGACUGCAAAGAUGAAGAGGAAGAACCUGAGGAUGUGCUUACUAGUCAUGUCCAGGCUCUGGCCAGGUCCAGAAGCAGCUACGUGGCCAGACAGUUCCAAGGCCUCAAGGCACGCCUCACCUCAGACGCUGGGGGCCCCCACAGGCCCGGGGACCCCGCCACCGAGCUGCUUCAGGAUGUGCGGCACCUCCUUACUGACCUCCAGGAUCACUUAGCAAAGGACCCCAGUAUCAGGGCUGUCUUGCAGAGAAGGGGGCCUGGGGUCCCCCAGAAGGACGAGGAUCUUGGUAAUGAAGAGGACUGGGAGGAGACUUAUGGCCACUCCCUGAACCCACGCUGUUCACAUUUGCCAUCACUUGGCCCAACAUACGUGUUCACACACACGUUCUUCCUCUCUAUCCCUGUGCACACCUUUUCUACUCACACGCCCUUUCCCACACACAGUAACCCCUAUUCUGUUCACCGCUCCGUCUCACACAGGUGUGACAGCCCUGAUUCCCUCUCUCACACGCGUGUUCACACCCAGGGCCCCUCUUCCACACAUGUUCAUACCCAUGUCUACACUUAUGGCGGCCAGAAGCUAGGGAGGGGUGGCAGUGAGCCAGGGUGGAUUGGUGGAGCAAGCAGGUGGGUGUGGGGCAGCCCGGCGACUCUUCCCUCCCCCACUCCACAUCUCGCAGGCCCCGCAGUGGAGGCGGCCUUGUGCCGCGUGGUACUGGCGCCUCUGAAGCCGGCCCUGUGGGCACGACUCCGCACGCUCCGAGCCCCAGAGCUGCGGCGACUGCGGCGGCGACAGACAGCUCUGAGGGCAGGGGCUGGGCCUCCCGGAGCUCAGGGGGCGGGGCCUGAGGGACAGGGCCCCGCCCUGCGCAGCCGCAUCCACUCGCGCCUUGCGCACCUCCACGCCGCUUGCGCCCCACGCCGCAAGGUGGCGUUGCUGCUGGCGGUGUGCAGUGAUGUCUACGCGGGGCUGGCUUCAGGCAAGAACAAAGAGCCCCUGGGCGCUGACGCCUUCCUCCCAGCGUUGACCGAGGAGCUUAUCUGGAGUCCGAACAUUGGGGAGACACAGCUGGACGUGGAGUUUCUUAUGGAGCUCUUGGAUCCGGAAGAGCUACUGGGAGAAGCUGGGUACUACCUGACCACGUGGUUUGGGGCACUGCACCACAUUGCCAACUACCAGCCCGACGCGGGACGUGCGCCAAAGGGGCUCAGCUCUGAGGCCCGUGCCUCCUUGCGCCAGUGGCACCGCAGGCGGACGCUGCACAGACAGGGCCUCACCAGAUCCCAGGCUAACCUGCCUUUGGAGGAACCCUGGGGAAUAGAGACUGCGCCAAGGGACCAAUGAUGAAUAGGGGUCUCAAACCUCUCUGUUCUUCAAGCAAGAUGCAGAGGCACCUGUUAUUUAGGUGCAGCAAGGAGGAGGAGGUCCCAGGAAAAGGGAAUAGCCCACCUCUGGGCCUUUGCAUUGGCUGUUCCUGCUUCUUGGAAUGCCCUUCCCUAACAUCCACACUGCUCCCUCCCUCCCUUCUUUCAGAUUUUUAGACAGAUUUCAUAGUCUCAGUGAGGCUCUCUCAGACACAACUGUGUAAGACUGUAAUUCCUCUCCUUUGACCUUCCCUGUGGAAGGCAGAAUAAUGCAUCCCACCCCCCAAGUCCACUUCCUAAUCCCCAGAUUCUGUGCCUAUGUUACUUCAUGUGGUAAAGGAGACUUCACAGAUGCAAUUAAAUUAAGGAUCUUAAAAUGGGGAGGUUAUCCUGGAUUCCGGUGGACCCAGUGUAAUCACAGGGGCCUGGUAAGAGGGAGGCAGGAGGGUCAGAGUCAGAGGAAGAGCUACAAUGAAGUGAGCAGGGGCUGGAAUGAGGGCUGGGAGCCAAAGAAUGCCGGCGCCCUCCAGGAGCUGAAAAAGACAAAGAAUGCGUUUUCCCCUGGAAUCUCCAGCAGAAACUCAGCCUUUAAUUUUAGAUCCCUAAGGUAUAUUUUGGACUUCUGACUAUCAGAACUGCAAGAUAAUAAAUUGGGGUGGGGGGGGGGCUGCGGUUUAAGCCAUGAAGUUUGUGGUAAUUUGUUACAGCAGCACCAGAAAACUAAUACACUCCCUUACCCUAACCUUUUUUUUUCAUAGAAGUUAUCACCUCCUAAUAUACCAUAUAAUAUGCUUAUUUAUUAUGUUAAUUGUCCAUAGUCUCCCCCCCUUAGAAUAGCUCCAUCCAAUAGGAAUACAAUGCAAGCUACACAUGUUAAUUCUAAAUAUUCUAGUAGCUACAUUUAAAAAGAAAUGAAAAAGGAACAAGUGAAGUUAACUUUAAUAACAUUUGAUUUAGCCCAAUGUAUCCCAAAUAUUAUUACUUAACAUGUAAUCAAUACUUUUAAAUUAUUGAGAUAUUUACCAUUUUUCGUGUGUAUGUGCUCAAAUCUCCAAGAUCCACUGUGCAGAUCAUACUUCAGCACACCUCAGUUCAGACCAGCCACAUUUCAAAUGCUCAGUGACCGUAUUAGGGCUCAUGGCUACUAUUUUGGACAGUGCAGCCUUAGAAUGUCAGCUCCAGGAGGCUAGGCAUCUCUGUUUGGUUCACAGCUGAAUCCUCAGUGCCUAACAAAUGCCUAGCACACAGUAGGUAUUCAAUAAAUACUUGCUGAAUGAUCCAACAAACAGUUUCUGCAGUAAACUGAAACAGGCUUCCCAAAAGCUAUCCGUGUCCUAAUCUCUAGAAUCCAUGAUUGUUACCUUAUUUGGAAAAGGGCCUCUGUACAUGUUGUUAAAUUAAGGAUCUUAAAAUGGGAAGAUUGUCCUGGAUUAUCCAGGGGGGCUCUUGUGCAGUCAUGUGUAUCCUCAUAAAAAGGAGGCAGACAGAUUUGACACAAGUAGGAAAAAGCAACGUGAAGCCAGAGCAUAGAAUCUAAGACAAUGGCCUUGAGGUGAUGUAGCCUGAAGCCACCAGGAAUGCUGUCAGCCACCAGGAACUGGACAAGGUGAGCACAGUUCUCCCUCAGAGCCUCUGAGCCGCCAGGAGGGGGCCCCACUGACCCCUGGAUUUAGCCUGGUGAACUGUUUUCAGGCUUGCCGUCUUCAGAACUGUAGCAGAAUAAAUCUCUAUCGUUUUCAGGCAA